AUGCUCGCCCACAAGAAGUACGGGCCCCCUCCUGUGAGGCCCAAGCCCUACAGCAUUAUGCUUGAGCUUCUUGAAGCCCAGGCCAACAAAAAACUCACCAGUGAAUAUACCCACGACAUCACUUUGGCAUUGGCACGGCUUGAGGCCGUCAGCCAGGUCAACCCCGCCAUGAUCGACCUCCAGCCCGAAAUCCAGUGGUUCAUGAGACCGUUCUUGCUCGACUUCUUGAUCGAGUUGCAUUCGUCGUUCAAGCUCCAGCCCCAGACGCUUUUUCUCUGCUUGAACGUGAUCGACCGCUACUGCGCCAAGCGUAUAGUGUUCAAGCGCCACUACCAGUUGGUGGGGUGCACCGCACUCUGGAUCGCCGCCAAGUACGAGGACAAGAAGCUGAGGGUGCCCACCUUGAAGGAGUUGACCAUCAUGUGCAGAAGCGCCUACGACGAGGAGAUGUUCAUCCAGAUGGAAAUGCACAUCUUGAGCACCCUCGAGUGGUCGCUCUCGCAUCCCAACUUGGAAGAUUGCCUCCAGUUGGCCAUUUCCCACUCCAACCUCGCUGCUACCACCACCCCCUGUAAAUACAACAAGUCAGUGGCGGGAGGGCCUGGCUCGCCCAACUCGUCGUUGUCGGCCAUCACCGUGGUGGGACGCUUUCUCUGCGAGUUGUCGCUCUACGACAAGUUCUUCUUGUCGAUGCCCACGUCCUUGGUGUCCAUCACCGCCAACUUGUUGGCAUGCUCCAUGCUCCAGAUCCCCAAUGCCUCCGAAAGCUUGCGCGACUUGAUGAGAAGAACCCUCCACAAGAAACCGCCUCCUCCCGCUGAAGACGACAUGUACGACGACUCCGGCUCGGAAAACAGACAGCCAGAAGUCCACGGUGCAUUCCUCAGCGGCCUCGAUGAAAACGCGCUCCAACAAAUCAAGAAAAUCGCAUUGGUGUUUAUCAUCCAGUUCAGCAAAACCACCGAAGUGCUCUCCAAGAAAUACGAAAACUUGGGGGUGAUUCAGGUGAUCAAUAACUUCCACCAAAGAUUCACCUACGUCAUCUCCUCGGUAUAUGAGAGCCAGCAGUCGGUGAUGGACCAGGAGGUAUUGGACCCCAAACUCGUCCAGCUUUCGGAGAUCUUGCUCCAGUUUCCCCAAUCCGAGGUCCAAAUGGACUUGCGCGGCCAGCAACCCACCUCCCAAUAUUCAGUAUUUUCUAAUAAGAGAAGCAGCUCGGUAUGUGUUACGCCCGUGCAUUCCAAUUCUCUUGCGUCAGUUUCCAGCGCAACAUCCAGCAUUGUGCGCAACAGCAAGAGAAGAAUAUCGAAGGGUAAACCAUCCAACUACACUGCUUCCUACAAUAGCAAUAUCGCUAAGCAUAAUCAUGCUCUUCCACCCCCACCCCCUCAUCGUUUGACAAGUACAGCAAACAGUAGUACCGAGUUCUCGCCUUUGAAUGCCAAUAGUAGCGGAACUUCGGAGUCUACUGCCUGGCCGUCGCCAGUAAUGCAUGUAUGA